AAAAAAACAACAAUCUCUUUUGCUUCAUAAUAAACUCUUAUCUUCAUUUCCAACUUUCACCAUCAAGUAUCAAAAAGACCUUUUAAUUUCCCACUCUCACCAUCACAUAAACAUGUUUGCAACUAACAACUCUUCGUCCGACAUGUCAUUGUCGAAUUCAGAUGGCUCUCAUUGGAUGCCAGUUUCUAACGAGGAGAUGCGGUUGGCCGCGACUACUCCUAAGAAGCGUGCGGGAAGGAAGAAGUUCAAGGAGACUCGCCACCCGGUGUAUAGGGGUGUGAGGAGGAGGAACAACGAUAAAUGGGUGUGUGAAAUGAGGGAGCCUAACAAAAAGACUAAGAUUUGGCUAGGGACUUUUCCAACGGUCGAGAUGGCAGCUCGAGCCCAUGAUGUUGCUGCAAUGGCAUUAAGGGGCUGCUACGCCUGUCUCAACUUUGCUGACUCAGUGUGGCGGCUCCCUAAACCUGCCACCGCUCAAGCAAAAGAUAUACAAAAGGCAGCAACACUAGCCGCCGAGGCAUUUAGGCCAAAGAAGACUUUAUUGACUAAUGACAACGACAUGACUGUAGUUGUCGCCGCCCCAGAAGAACAACCUAUGCUUUGUAGGGACGACAUGCCAGAAUUGAUGAGUAAUAUGGCACUAAUGUCUUCUGUGCAUAGCUUGGAGAACUCAUUCUAUGAAGAAGCAGAGUUGUGGAGAAAUAUGGCACUAAUGUCCCCUACACAUAGCUUGGAGUAUUAUGACUAUGAAUAUGUUAAUGAAGACUUUCAAGAUGCUGAGAUAUCACUAUGGAAUUUUUAAUUUUCAUUAGGAGUAAUAGAAUUUUUUAAUUUGAUCUGUUUUGUUCACAUUUAUUUAAUUGUGGAUUGUAGAAUGGAAAUUGUCUUUGUACUACAACCCUUUUUAUUAGUAGUACGGAUUAUUCAUAUUAAUUUAUAGGUUGAAAUUGAAAUUGAAAAGGAAAUUCUUUUUGUAUUCUUUUCUCUUAAUGUAGACACUU